AGCAGCAGCCCGCUCAUUCUGGCCCGGUGGCACAGACCCAGAACUGCGUUCGGCCCGAUUAAAACAGAAUGUAAAUGACCUUCGCUGCUCUUUCAUCACAGAGCGCUUCUUCUGCUUACCCGUGGCACCCUGCCCCUUCCUGUCUCUCUCGCUCUCUCUCUCUCUCUCCUACCUCUGUCAUCUUGGAGAAAGAAAGGGGGGAAAGUCAUUAGGCACAAAUGGGGAGGAGAGAGCAGCUCGUGGUUGCUAUCGCCAUGAAAGUCAGGGCAAAGCUCGGAGCCACUGAGAGACAGUGCGAGGACGGCACUGGGGAAUAUCUGCCCAGAGAAUAUAAUGCGUUUUCAGCUCAUUAAGUUGGAUAAACACAUCGCUUACUGUAGGAGAUGCUGAGACUCAUCAGCAGCAGGAAAACAUGGGAAAAUCAAUGACUCCAGAGGGAAUGCGGUGAAGGAGCAUCAAUGGGUUGCCAUCAAACUGACUUGGAGACGUCAACAGCCUACUUCAGUGCAACCUCAGUCUGGCACUGAAUUGAUGUGGAGGACCAGCGGUGUGUCAGAGACCUUCAGCGAGAUGGGGAACGCCAUGCGAGGCGUCGUUGCCUUCAUUCCCUCUGAGCGCUGCCAACGCUUCUUAGUGGGCGACCUGAAGGAGAUGCCACUCGAUCGGACCCUCGACCUGAGCAGCCGGCAGUUGCGUCGGCUGCCUAUCGCUGCCUGUGUGUUCGAUGAGCUGGUGAAGCUCUACCUGAGUGAUAACAACCUCAGCAGUUUACCCGCUGAGCUGCAGGGCCUGAAGAAGCUGCAGCUCCUGGCCCUGGAUUUUAACUGCUUUGAAAAGCUCCCUGCAGCUGUUUGCAGACUCCCCCAGCUGAGCAUCCUUUACCUGGGUAACAACAGGCUUUACAGCCUCCCCAGAGAGCUGAGUGAUCUCAAGGAACUUACCACUCUGUGGCUGGAGACUAAUUGCUUCACUGUUUUCCCUGCGGUGGUUUGCGAGCUCCCUAAUCUCAAGACCCUGCACCUCGGUUAUAACCAGAUACAGAGUUUGCCUACAGAGCUGAGCAGGCUGGAGGAGCUGAGAACUGUCUGGCUUGCAGGGAACCAGCUGGCAGAGUUCCCGCCAGUGUUGCUGGAAAUGCACUUUCUGGCCGUCAUUGAUGUGGAUCGGAACAAAAUACGCCGCUUCCCGUGCCUGUCUCACCUGCAGGGCUUGAAACUUGUCAUCUACGACCACAACCCCUGCGUGAAUGCCCCGAAGGUGGCAGAUGGGGUUCGAAGAGUCGGGCGCUGGGCUGACAGCGAAGACGACGAAAAGGAGGACGAAGGGUCAAAAGCAGCGAGUGAGACUACAGCGGAGGUUGCGGAAGUGCACACCGAGGAGGAGCACAACAUUUAGGGUCAAGGAACAAAGUGACCUCCAGCUGUGGUGUGAGGCCAGGCGGGACAGGAUGACGUUCAAGUGGAACACUUAAAGUUGGAGUGGUGUGUUGUACAUCAGGCUGACGGCUGGACCUUAUAUGGUUACGAAAAAUCAUAUGAGCCUAAAGAUCAGACGAAAUUAAAUCCAAGAGGGUGGUCUGCGUGAAAAAAGGGAAAUGUGAAUCCUGAAAACAAAAGUGUUGUGUUUGGUUACUGAACACUGAAUUAAAUGUUGCUGUUUGUAAAACUCUGUAUAUGUCUUCAAAUGAGGAGUGACAUUGUAAACUUCUAUUCAUUUUCAUCAACAGCAGUUUUUUUUUGUUAUUUAUAAAGUUCUUGACUGUUUUAUUCUAUGAAAUAUAAUAUAUAUUACAUAUUAAUUGAUGAUUUUGUAAAGCUUUACACACUGUAGGGAAACAGUCUUGGUAAGCAUGCAUUCUUGCUUGAUUAGUGGUGUGUUUACACAACAAUCCAUCCAUUAGUUUCUAUUAAAACAACAUUAUUUAAAAUUUUUACCUUGAAGUAACAGCUUCAAAAUCAUGUUGAUGGUUCAGUGUCUUGUAAUUGGGCGAAUGGUGUCUCUGUCUCACCCAUCAGGGUCAGAUUACAGCGUUACACACAUGUUCACUUCAACACAUCACAUUGUUAUGAUGUCAUGAGUUGUGUUUGUAGUUAGCACACACGUUACCGACCUGGGAUUUGUAAUUACGACAGUGGUGUUGCACUCAGAAACCGCGGGGUGUGUGUGAAAUCAUACAAAACGGCAAUUUCUACAUAAUGUUUCUUUGCUGAGGCUUUAUUGUGGCUCAUGUAGGAACUUGUUCUGAGCCGUGAUGUCAGCAGAUGCAAAACAAAAAUAACGUUAAAUCAGAAAAAAGGGGAAUUGAUGCCAGCACAUCAGCGCAGAGAAUCUUACCGCUGCGAUCGAGAAAAAGAAAAAGAAAAAGGACUCAUUACAGGAAGUCUGAGAUAGAAUCGGUACCUUCUGAGGCUAAAUUCAGUGAGGUUUUUAAUACCAGUGAUGGAUGGUUUAAGUCAAUUAGUGCACUCCUUAUCCAGAGCAAUGCAUAAUUCAUCUGAUAGAUUGGGGAUGUGGCUUUGAAUAAAGACCGCUAAUGGGCCUUAAUAUCAUCACCAUGAGGUUCUAAUCGCCCACAGAUCCUAAGUGCAGCUUUUUUUCCAAACACUCAGUAGAGUAUGACAGAAAUGUUGUGUAAACAAGACUAAAUGACAUCCACAACGUAACAUUUCGUGCAGUUUUGAAUUUCUUUUUAGGAAAUGCAGGAAAAACUGAUUAAGGACAUGAUGCUCAACAGACGAGUUCCUGGAAAUCUGAUGGUUUCAAACCGCACAAACACACGAAGUGACUCUGCUGCAACAACUGCUCUAUUGUGAGAUUCUGUGAGCACAUAAAGAUAUUUUUCUUUCUGUCUUUCAAAUCAUACGCAGUGUACUUUAUGUCAAACAUUAACUGCAUGAUUUCUUCACACUGCACGCUUGAAUCCAAUAACAGUGAGGAAGGUGUGAGGAAGUUUAGUGAUUUUAAAUUAGUUUGAAUUUUGUUUGAUGUGUCACAAACACAACAUGUGCUUUAAUUAUCAUGAUAUACAAAGAGAUUUCAGGUUGAAUACAGGCUUUCCAUGUAACUGUGAUGAUGUCAGCGCCUGUCAUCACUGAUCAUUUCAAACUUUUAUUUCUGCUGUGAGCUUUGUUACUGUUUGCAAACAUGUAACAUGGAGUGUGUGUAUUGAUUGCACAGAAGUACGAGUGUGUAUUUUUCAUGUCGCUCUACAUUUCUUCACUCGACACGCAGAAAACUAUACUGACCAAGUUCUUAUUAACAUGCAUUUAAUGUCCCCCAUGACUGACUCUUGGUUUUAAUCCGUUUUUAAAAAGGUGGUAUAAAAAGGUGCGUACUAUGAAUGUAACUUAAUCUGAAGUGUAUGCAUGUCGUGUUUGGAAACAUAAAUGUUUAAUAUCUUCUAUUUCCAGCCACAAAUAUUUUUAGGUAAUAGAUCAGGUUUGUAUUAGUCACUGAGCACUUACUCUCAUGUCAUACAACAAUACUGGAUAGAGCAUUUGUAUGAGGUGUUUGUUUUAACUGAUAAAACAUUUUUUCAUUGUUGUCAUCAUAUGCUUUUUCUGACAUGGAAAAUCCUCCCAAUGCUCAGAUUUGAGUCUCCAAAUCUCACGUAUCAUUCACAAAU